AUGUCUACGGGAGCCCCGUCAGUUAACGUCUCUCGCGAAGCAACAUGGAAGGCUGAGGGCUUCCAUGCUUCAUCCCGCAGACCGCAACCCCACCACCUCGAGAUGGAGGACUAUUUCGCCGGUCCCAGAGAUAUGGCACGUCACUCCAAGUUGCCCUUUUUCAUGCGCCUGCACGGUAGUGUUCUGCCCAAGAUGCUGCUUCCGUUGCUCUUCAUUGGCGGCUGGGCAACUGCAAUCACAUUGAUCUCGAAAUACACUCGUGCCAACCUGGGUAUCAACUCGCUCCUGCUGACCGUGCUGGGUUUCGUGGUCGGUCUUGCUUUGUCCUUUCGCUCCUCGACCGCCUAUGAGCGCUACAACGACGGUCGCAAAUACUGGUCGCAACUGGUGCUGACUUCCCGCAAUCUGGCUCGCCUGAUCUGGGUGCACGUCGAAGAGCGACACCAUGAGUCCGAAGAGCUAGGCAAGCGGGAUCUGUUGGACAAGCUGAGUGCUCUCAACCUCGUCAAUGCCUUUGCUGUUGCCCUCAAACAUCGUCUGCGCUUCGAGCCCGCCCUUGAGUAUCCGGACCUGGAGCCAUUGAUCGCCCAUCUUAACUUGAUGGCUGGCACGGCCGAUCAAGUCGCCCUACGCAAGAGAAAGCCUACACCUUGGAAGUCCGCCGGUGAAUAUAUGGGUGUCUCUUUCGCCGAGUCCAACCCCGCAAGCUGA